AUGGCCUCUCUUCGCACUGCUGCUCGGCUAUCCAAGUCGCUGCGCCCAGGUCCUUCCCGACUCAACACGACCUUCUCUCGCUUCUACUCUUCCGAAAAAUCCGACAGUGCGGACAUCGAGUCCAUACUUGGCGCACCCAACUGGUCUGUCAGGUCGCUGCUCCCAAACCCAGCGUCAAAACCGCCACCAUCAAUCACGCCAAAACAACUCCAUCAUCUGCUGCGCAUCUCGGCUCUUCCCCAACCUGCCAAUCAAGAAGAAGAGCAGUCAAUGCUUGAUACACUUGAGUCUCAAAUCCAUUUUGUGAAGGAGAUCCAGCUUGUUGAUACUGCCGGCGUCGCGCCCCUGGCUAGAAUUCGCGACGAGAGUCCCGCUGCCAUUGAAGAGGAAACGAUUGGAAUCGAAAAACUCAGGGAGGCUCUGGCUAAGGAAAAGGUGUCCGGACGACGGGGAAAAUCCAGCGUAUUCCAGGUGAAAAGAAUGAUCGUCCGGAUGGAACAGCUUGGGAUGGGAAUGCGCUCCGGCUACUGGCGGAGUAAGCGGUCCCGAUACCCGACAGGUGCUAUCGGGGGCCAUGACAACAUCGCCCCUCUCCAACAACAUUGGCUUCUGCCUGUUUGUUCCUUCAAAACUUGUCAACUCCUUUUUCACCUUUACUCGGCGCCAAUGUUCAAAAAUUUGAAAGAAAAAAGUGGGGGAUUCUUCGAAUCCAAGCAAUCCAAUGCUUCGGAAAGCGAUCGCGGUCAAGAUCUCUCAUCGAUCUUGGACCGGUCGCAGCGCGGUGACUUAACUGUCCUUGUCGCUGAGAUAGCUGAGUCAAUGCGGGUUAGGAUUCUGGAGAUCUAUGAGCACACAAUUCCAAAGGAUGGCUCUCCCAAUCGUCCCAGCACACGUCCGUCUCCGGACUCGGACCGCGAUGAAGACACGCCACCCUUGCCCCCAAGACCUCAAGGUAACGCGGGUUCGAAAAACGGUGAAAGUCCGCGGCAGGGCUCUAAUAGAAAGCCGUCGAGCCCUCAAGUCAGAGUCACUGCCCUCUCCGCUUUCGAGGAUUGGAGGGAUUCUGUCCUUUUGCGGGUUGGCACGGUCGUCAAUAAAGAUGACGAUAAUCAAGGCAAAAAGGAGGGCCAAGAAGACCUGCAGAACGCUGCCAAGUCUGAUGAUCUUCCACUGGACGAGGAUAAAGAUAGGAUUGCCAAAUUACAAGAAAUAUACCAUCCCGUGGAAACACCAUUGGCUGAACUUCCUAAAGCAACAAGACUGCUUAUUCUUCACUCGCUUCUCCUUUUAGUGCUCAGCCUAGAGCACUACAGUGCUUACUCAAGAGUCUUGAUGUUGAAUGUCGCGUCCAGUUUGAGCAUAGAUAUCAACAUGCUCAAUCAAGAUGAAGUUAGUGUCGCCCGCGGAUUGCUACAGACAGCUCUGGCGCUCUCUGCAGACCAAGAUACCAAAGAGCAACCAAAGAAAAAGGAUGACAUGAAGAAAUGGAAAGUUGGCAUUGCGUCUCGGCGGGCCUGGGAACUGUCAUGGGGGGGAUUGGGCCUUGGCGCUACCGCUGCUGCUGGACUCCUGGGCACUUUGGCCGGAAGUGGCGUCGUUGUCGGCGGUCUGUUUGGCGCUUAUGGUGGGCGUAUGACUGGACGCAUGAUGGAGAAGUAUGCCCGUGAAGUGGACGACUUUGCAUUUAUACCGAUCCGAGGAGAACGCCGCCGGAACGUGGAAGGUAAAGAGUCUGCUGAGCAAGAUCAUCGUUUACGAGUUACCAUUGGUGUUACCGGCUGGGUCAAGGAGGAGUCGAACUUCGUGGUCCCAUGGCGGGUGAUUGGUGCCGACUCCGAAGUGUUCGGUCUCCGCUGGGAGAUGGAGCCUUUAAUGAACUUGGGCAACGCGAUCUCCGCUCUUGUGACUAGCGCAGCAUGGUCGGUGGCCGGCCGUCUCAUGAAAGUUGCUGGCGUCGUCGACAACCCGUUCAGCGUGGCCAAAGCCCGCGCUGACAAAGCGGGUGAGGUUCUCGCAGAUGCCCUGAUCAACAAAGCCCAGGGAGAACGACCCGUGACCUUAAUAGGGUAUUCUCUGGGAUCUCGACUGAUUUUUUCCUGCCUCCAAAGUCUGGAAAGGAGAAAUGCCUAUGGACUGGUCGAGUCGGUCAUUUUGAUGGGGUCACCCACCCCUUCAGACACGGAGGACUGGCAAAAGAUUCGCAGUGUUGUAAGCGGACGUGUUGUGAACGUGUUCUCUGGGAAUGACUCUGUGCUCGCUUUCCUCUACCGAACAAGCAGCCUUCAACUCGGCGUCGCCGGAUUGCAGCCAGUUGAAGGUGUUCCCGGCGUUGAGAACCUGAACGUAAGCGAUAUGAUCAGCGGCCACCUGCGGUACCAGUAUCUGCUUGGCAGAAUUCUUACCCUUAUCGGGCUUCAGGACCUUGACCCCAGUGAGAUUGAACGUGAAGAGGCUGCUCUUGCCGAUGAGGACAAGCGUCAGGAGAAGGAGCGGUUGGAGAAUGAGCGCGAGGCCGGUGUUAAAGACCGGGAAUCAUCUGCCGCUCGUGAUACGCUGAAUAGCCAGGAUGGCUUUGGGGAAGAUGAACGGUUACAGAAGAAGAUCGAGGCGCAGACUCAAGAGAACAUGACCCACCGGAUUGAAAUGCUUGAUAUGGAUGAUGAUGAUUAUUCGGCGCCUUUGAAGGAAGAUUCCUCGAAGCAUUCUGCCCUGUAA